CUCCAAAAAUGUUUCGCCGCCUCUCUCUCCUCUCCAAGCUCUCUCUCCCCCACGCUCCCUCCAUCACCAAAACCCUAGCUCCCUCUCUCCUCCCCCUCAUCAAAACCCUAGCUCCUCAACCUUCAUCCUUUCCCAAUUCCAUCUCUAGAUCCCCCUACAGUUCAAUGGCGAUGAGGUCGUUGCCCAAGAUGAGCAUCCUGAGCCUGAACGAUCUGAGAGAUAACAAGGGAGCCAGGAAGAAGAAGACUAGGAAAGGUCGAGGUAUUGGAUCGGGCAAGGGGAAGACCGCUGGCCGAGGGCACAAAGGGCAGAAAGCGAGGGGGACGAUGAAGUUUGGGUUUGAGGGAGGGCAGACUCCGCUGAGGCGUCGGUUGCCCAAGCGAGGGUUCAAGAAUCGAUUCAGUCUUGAGUUUCAGCCUGUUGGAUUGGGAAAAAUCGCAAAGCUGAUAAAUGCAGGACAUAUUGACUCAUCGGAGCUUAUCACAAUGAAAGUCCUCAAGGACACAAGUGCUGUAGGGAAGCAAAUAAAAGAUGGUGUUAGACUGAUGGGUCGUGGUGCUGAUCAAAUUAAGUGGCCGAUUCAUAUUGAGGUAUCUCGGGUUACAGUAAGGGCAAAAGAAGCUGUUGAAGCCUUAGGUGGCUCAGUGAGAAAAGUGUUCUACAACAAACUGGGUCUCCGAGCAUUGAUUAAACCCGAGUGGUUCGCAAAGAAGCGGCGAUUGCUACCAAAACCAGCUCGACCUCCACCAAAGCAGCAGGACAAGGUCGAUAGCAUUGGUCGAUUGCCUGCCCCAACCAAACCCAUACCUUUUGAACCUAAAAAAGAACAGCCAGCAGUAGCAAGCUCAAGCGCGUGAACUCAGGAAUCUUUCUAUUUUGGAAGAUGAAACUGUAAGUUUUUUUUUCUUUUUCUUUUUCUUUUUCUUUUCUUUUUUUCCCCCUUUCUCUGUGCUGAAUAUCGCAAAUGAGUUAUUAGUAUUACUGGGUCCGGUGAAAGUUUGACUUGCAAUGUGAUUCCAUUUUACACAAGAAUAUUAUUGAUUCUAUAUCAGCCUGGUCUGUGCUUGUAGUUGAACAUUUACUGAAUAAUUUGUGUAAGUUUCAACUUCAGUUUGAGAUUUUAAUGCCUUUUGAA